AUGGAGACGGCCUUCGUCUCCGUGAUGUGGGCGGUAUCUGCCACUGUUGGCGCGCAGCUCUCCGGCAGUGUUGGCCCCUUGACCUCCUAUUCGGACAAGGCGAAUGCCAAGAUCUGUGAUAUUUCCGACUACGGGGCGGUCGAAGGCGACAGCACUAACGACGUUGGGUUGGCCCUUCAGGAUGCCUUGGAAGAUUGUGCUAGUGGAGGAUUGGUGUACAUUCCCCCGGGAGACUACUAUAUCUCGACUACGGUCACUCUUAGCGGCGGGACAGGCAUUGCGCUGCAACACGACGGAGUCCUAUACCGCAACGGGGAUAUCGAUGGUGACCAGAUUCUAACCAUCGAGAACUCCUCCGACGGGUACGGGUACGAAUACCUCGCCGACGGGAACUAUGGCAUCCGGCUGGCGCGCUUUGUGAAUGUGACCGACUUCUCCAUCCAUGGCAUGGCCUGGGUCGACUCCCCAUCUUAUUACCUCGUCCUGGAUACAUGUACCAACGGGGAAGUUUAUAAUCUGAUUAUCCGCGGCAUCAGUGUGGGUGCGACCGAUGCGAUCGAUAUCUGGGGGGAUAAUAUUUGGGUCCACGAUGUCGAGGUUACCAACGGCGAUGAAUGUGUUUGCGUCAAGAGCCCGGCUGCCAACGUCCAGAUUGAGAAUAUUUACUGCAACUGGAGCGGGGGUACCACGAUUGGCUCUCUGGGCGUCGAUGCCAGCGUCUCGAACGUUGCCUAUCACAACCUGUACAUGAGCCAGGCGGACGCCGGCUUCGUGAAGUGGAACGGGGCCAGCGGCUCGCUCCGCAACGUGAUCUGGGAUACGGUCAUCCAACACGGGGGCAGUUAUCUGCUCAGCCUCGACGGGUUUUGGGGUGACCAAGGUGACGGAGACGGGCUCGAGGUGUAUAACCUAACUUUUACGAACUGGCAUGGAUACAACUCGGACAAUUCGCGACCCACAAUCCGAUUGCUUUGCUCUGUGAAUCGAUUGCUUUGCUCUGUGAAUAAUACAUGCACAGAUAUUGUGGUGGACGACGUCGCUCUCUGGACUGAUAGCGGCGUUGAUGCCACCUGGACCUGCGAGAAUGCGUAUGGCAGUGGAGCUUGUUUGGAGUCCGAUGGCCAUGCUGGCGAUUCCUACACGACCACCACGACCAUUACCGCCACGCCGGCGUAUUCAACCUCGACGAUGGCCGAUGACCUAAGCACCCCAUUCCCUUCGACCCAGUCCUUUACGAUCCCGACGGUUCCCACUUCAUUCUACCCGGGCGUCACCCCCAUUUCAUCCUUACUCAAGCUAACCACCGCCGGAGGCCUGGCCUGA